GCGUCUUUGCCGGCGUGCUGGACUGUGGACUGCGGCACGGGUGUGUGUUCCCUCUGCCGCGGGGAGACGAUUGCCGACAGAAACGUGGUCCAUGGCUGCGUAAACAGCGCAUCGUUCAGCUGAAUGGGGUGAAUGUCGAAGGAGCAACACACAAGCAAGUGGUGGACCUGAUUCGUGCAGGAGAGAAGGAGUUAAUUCUGACAGUGUUGUCCGUGCCUCCCCACGAGGCAGAUAAUCUUGAUCCGAGUGAUGACUCUUUGGGGCAGUCAUUCUACGACUACACAGAAAAACAAGCUGUGCCCAUCUCCAUCCCCACCUACAAGCACGUGGAGCAAAACGGCGAGAAGUUUGUGGUCUACAAUGUUUACAUGGCGGGCCGCCAGCUCUGCUCGAAGCGGUACCGGGAGUUUGCCAUCCUGCACCAGAAUCUGAAACGGGAAUUUGCCAACUUCACUUUUCCCCGUCUCCCCGGGAAGUGGCCGUUCUCUUUGUCGGAGCAGCAGCUGGAUGCCCGGCGGCGAGGGCUGGAGGAGUACCUGGAGAAAGUGUGUUCGAUACGUGUCAUUGGGGAGAGCGACAUCAUGCAGGAGUUCCUGUCGGAGUCGGACGAGAAUUACAACGGCGUCUCAGACGUGGAGCUCCGAGUAGCAUUACCAGACAUAACAACAGUGACAGUCAGAGUCAAAAAGAACAGCACUACAGACCAGGUGUACCAGGCUGUGGCUGCGAAAGUCGGAAUGGACAGUAUUACCGCAAACUACUUCGCCUUGUUUGAAGUGAUCAAUCACUCCUUUGUGCGCAAACUGGCGCCCAACGAAUUCCCCCACAAACUCUACGUGCAGAACUACACCUCAGCAGUGCCAGGAACGUGCCUGACCAUCCGAAAAUGGCUCUUCACUACAGAGGAGGAGGUUCUUCUCAAUGACAACGACCUGGCAGUCACCUACUUCUUCCAUCAGGCGGUUGAUGAUGUCAAGAAAGGCUACAUCAAAGCAGAGGAGAAGUCCUACCAGUUACAGAAGCUGUGUGAGCAGAGAAAGAUGGUCAUGUAUUUAAACAUGUUACGGACGUGCGAGGGUUACAACGAGAUCAUCUUCCCCCAUUGCUCCUGUGACUCUCGGCGGAAGGGACAUGUGAUCACAGCCAUCAGCAUUAAGCACUUUAAACUCCAUGCCUGCACAGAGGAGGGCCAGCUGGAGAACCAGGUAAUAGCAUUCGAAUGGGACGAAAUGCAGCGGUGGGACACAGACGAAGAGGGAAUGGCAUUUUGUUUUGAAUACGCACGAGGAGAGAAGAAACCCCGAUGGGUUAAAAUCUUCACCCCCUAUUUCAACUACAUGCAUGAGUGCUUCGAACGGGUUUUCUGCGAGCUCAAGUGGAGGAAGGAGGUGGAGGAGGAAGCAACAGACAAGGAUAACAAGAACUGCAGUAAAGACAAUAUGUGCAGCAAGAAUAUCUUUCAGAUGGUCAGGUCACAGCAGAGGGACGCGGCCACUUAG